AGUCAUAAUGAGAGAAAGUAAACAACAAAGGAAAGAAAAGAAACGCACUCUCUCUCUCUGAAAAACCCUCAUUGCGUAGUCUGCAAUCGACCUUGGAAUGGCGAACAGUAACCUUCCCCGGAGGAUCAUCAAGGAAACUCAGCGUCUCCUCAGUGAACCUGCUCCGGGAAUUAGUGCUUCGCCAUCGGAAGACAAUAUGCGGUAUUUCAAUGUGAUGAUCCUUGGCCCGACUCAAUCUCCGUAUGAAGGAGGAGUUUUCAAGUUGGAACUAUUUUUGCCUGAAGAAUAUCCUAUGGCUGCACCAAAGGUUCGGUUUCUCACUAAAAUUUAUCAUCCUAACAUUGACAAGCUGGGAAGGAUAUGCCUUGACAUUUUGAAAGACAAGUGGAGUCCUGCUCUACAGAUACGAACUGUUCUUCUCAGUAUUCAAGCACUUUUGAGUGCUCCAAAUCCCGAUGAUCCGCUCUCUGAGAACAUCGCUAAGCAUUGGAAAUCAAAUGAGGCGGAAGCUGUUGAAACAGCCAAGGAAUGGACCCGUUUAUAUGCAAGUGGUGUGUGAUGACAUGGUGGAAGUACCAGAAAUAACCUUAUUGCAAUGUAUGCUAUUCAAUGUCAUUGUUACAUGAAAUUUGGAAGAAUUGAUGUUUCAAAUAUUUUAAAAUUCUCAAGCAAUUACAGGCUGAUAAGUGUUCUCAUCUCAUAGUUCUGUUGGCUCUGAACCUGUAAGAUCAGCCAAGAUACUUUUAUCUCCCCGUCUCAAAAUGAUGACUCUGGGGACUAUUGUAGUCAUUCAAAAUAUGGUACCAAGUAAACAUUGUGAAUAAUUGUUGACUAAUUUCCUUUCCUCGACUCUUGAAUGUAAUUAUUUGAUUUGAAGAAACA